AGUGUGCGUAUGUUGGAAAGAGGGAGGGAGGUUCAUCUCUUUGGUCCUUCCAAGAAUAACAACAAUUCCAUGUUUGUUUCCCAGUCCUGUCUGAUUAUUACUCCGCGAAUAAGUUUUGGAAGUUUGGGUACAAGUUAUUGACCAAUCGGGUGCAACCACGAUGGAGUGCGCCAACACUGAAAAUGAGCUGCGGUUCACUUCUUUAGAACAGAGAGGGAAACAGAAAAUUAAGGCAAAACAUCGGCCGGUGUCAGUCAGAAAAUGUGUAGUUUCGGCCAACUUUUUUCGUCUUUACAUUUAAUUUUCAUCAGCCUGGAACUUAAGAUAAUCGGAGUUUCCAGCAAACUUUCGGCAUCAGAGAUUGAAAAUCAUCUUGAACACGGCAAGAAAUUGCUUGCAAGUGGACAGUUAAGCGAUGCUUUAGUGCACUAUCAUGCAGCAGUAGAGGGAGAUCCAGAUAAUUUUCUAACAUACUUUAAGAGAGCAACAGUAUUACUUGCCAUGGGCCGUUCAAAAUCUGCUUUGCCUGAUUUAGAUAGAGUCCUCGAGCUAAGACCUGACUUUUUCCAGGCACGGUUACAAAGAGGGAAUGUUUUACUUAAACAAGGAAGGUUAGAUGAAGCACACAUUGAUUAUGAGGCAGUGUUACACAAAAAUCCAGAUAAUCCAGACGCACUGCAACAGUUAAGUGUAAUAGAUCCCAUCAGAAGAGAGAUUACAGAAGCAAGAAAUGCUGUUAAUAUGGGAGAUUACUCAAGAGCUAUUGAGUUACUGGGAAGAGCAAUAGAGGUUGCCCCAUGGGAUACUGAGCUAAGAAUAAUGAGAGCUGAUUGUCAUGAAAAUAUGGGAGACUUCAUCAGUGCAAUUUCAGACAUCAAGCCGACCACCAAACUUAUACCUGACAAUACAGCAGCUUACCUUAGACUCAGUGAAUUGCAUUAUGAAAUGGGAGAACUAGAGGAUGCAUUGAGGGAAAUUCGAGAAUGUCUCAAGCUUGAUCCUGAUCACAAAGACUGCUUUCCUUUCUACAAGAAACUUAAAAAGUUGAAUAAACAAAUGCAAGCAGCUCAAGAUCUGAUCAACCAUGGAGAAUAUGAAGAAGCGGAAUCCAAACUGAAACAAGCACUCAAAACAGAGUCUAAAGUCCCUUCUCUUGUGGGCAAGGCUAGACGACAACUCUGCCAUUGUUACCUCAAGCUUGAAAAUCCCAGCGAUGCUAUCAUACAGUGCAACGAAGCGUUGAAAAUUGACGAAAAUGAUGUUGACGCUUUGUGCGACAGAGCGGAAGCACACAUACUGAAUGAAAUGUAUGAUGAAGCCGUAGCGGAUUACCAGAAAGCAAAGAAUAUCAAUGAACACUUACACAAGGUCCAAGAAGGUCUUGACAGAGCGCAAAGACUACAAAAGCAGUCCAAGAAACGGGAUUACUAUAAAAUAUUGGGAUUGAAAAGGUCAGCAACGAAGAAGGAAAUCAUGCGGUCGUACCGAAAACUCGCUGUACAAUGGCAUCCUGAUCAUUAUGAAGGCGACGAUAAGAAGAAAGCCGAGAAAAUGUUCAUCGACAUCGCUGCAGCUAAGGAAGUGCUCAGCGACCCUGAAAAACGUGCAAAAUACGAUAACGGCGAAGACCCGUUGGACCCAGAAGCACAAAGCGGUGGCGGCCAUCAAUGGCAUCACGGAGGAUUUCCAUUCGGAGAAGGAUUCCAGUUCAAAUUUCACUUCAACUGAGUCAUUCUUUACGGGAGCAGAAUUUAGGUUUCCAUUCUAGUUUUUGUCUUUGUACUGACCAAGGAAUCCCAUCGUUACAGGAAUCAGAGGGAAAGAAAUUUUAACCUGGAAUAUUAUAAUUAUAAUUAUAAUUUAUUACAAUUAUAAUUGAUUAUAAUUGUAGUGAAUAUAAUUAUCUCGGGAGGUCACUGAUCUGUCUACUUGGUUGUCAUGGUGAGCAAGCAAUUUCAAAACACAUCUUCGAGUUUCGCGAUAAUUCUAAACAAAUGGUUAUAAGAUCUGACUGGAAAAGGCUGUUUGUGUUGGUGGAAAGACAACGCUUUUUUCCCGUUCUAUCUUCUUGGGAGACAUUGAAUUGAUAUUAGUCAAUUUUUUCCAAUUUACGUUACCUAAUUGUACAGCUCGGUUUAGCAAGCGAAUCACUAAACAGAGAUUUACACAGGCUAGAAUUGUAGUCUCCAGUUAUUAGCUUUGUAGAACAGAUGAAAAAAAAAAAAACAAACUGAUCAAGUCAAUUGAUUUAUUUCGUUGGUGAAAAAUCCGCACCGAUCGUUACAAAGCAACUGCUUAUUGUGUUCGGUAAACAUUACGUAACGAGAAAACUGAUUUUAUCUUGAAGUGCUAAAGUAAACGAGGACGAACUUUUUCUUUCGUCGUUUUUAAUGCUAAAGCGGCAACUGAAUUCAAGCUAACAAGCCGAAAUCGAGAUCACAUAGUGUACAUUUUUAUGCUUUACACUUGACAAGAAGGUCAGCCCCAUGUCCCGAUACAAAUUAAAUAUACUGGGCAUGUAUUUAUAGCUGUAAAAAUCCACCACGUCGGGUAUUUUAGAAUAAAAAAAAA